AAGUGAUCGCUCACACAUUUUGCCCUUUGAUGGUGAAGAAAAGUCACAUUGAAGAGUUUCUAGAGCAUUCAAAAAGGAAGUUUUUCAAUAAAAGAAGUGAUUAGUGAUUAAAGAAUAAAAAAAACAGGAUUUUCUAUGAAAUUAAAAUAAUUUAGUGAUAAGUUGCUUUAAGGAAAGAAAAAGAAAACCAGAAAAUUGUGCAAAAGAAUCCUUGCAAGACUUUUCAAAAGACUUGAAGAACAAAUAAUCCUUCCCAAAAAUAAUUUUAAAAUCCAUCGUGUUCAUUUCUUAAGAAAUUCGUGUGCUCAAGAAAUCAAAAAAAAACCUGGGAAUUGAAUUAAUUUCAUUGAGCAUUGAAGGUGUGUUGCAAAGUGCAUAGUUAGUGCCAAUUUUGAUGAAAUCAAUGCAAAAAUGUGGAGUAAUUUAUUCCUCAUUAAGAUUCUUCUCACAUUGACCACAUUCAUCGACCACAUUCCCGCCUCUGAGGCCGCAGCUGUUCGGCAGAAUUCCAUCCUCAUCGAAAGCAACUCCGUACAGCGUGUGGUAGGUGAAACGCAACGCACAGAGGCGCGCGGUUUGAAGCGUGUCUUUCUAUCCAACAGAACAGUGGCAUGCAAUGAUGGCUCACAAGCGGGUUUCUACCUCCGACGUUCGGCUGUUUUCUCACGCAGAUGGAUUGUCUACCUCGAGGGUGGGAUGUACUGCUAUGAUUACAAAUCCUGCCGGGAUCGUUGGCUCAAUGCACGCAAUCUCAUGACAUCAGCUCAGUGGACAGACACGAAAGAGGUGGGGGGUAUCCUUUCACCGCAUCCAGAUGAGAAUCCCUACUGGCAUGAUGCAAAUCAUGUAAUUGUACCCUACUGCAGCAGUGAUUCGUGGAGUGGAACAAAAUCCAUUCCAGACACAAGAGAUGGAUGGCGUUUUAUGGGAUCCCUGAUUGUUAAGCAGGUCAUUGCUGAUCUGAUCCCAUUGGGAUUGGGCAACACACAGGGUGCUGAACUCCUUCUUGCUGGCUCAUCAGCCGGUGGUGUCGGUGUUAUGCUCAAUUUGGAUAAAAUUCGACAUUUUCUUGUUCAGGAAAGAGGAUUGAGGGUGACAGUGAGGGGUAUCAGUGAUUCAGGAUGGUUCCUCGAUCGUGAACCUUAUGUACCAGGUGCCAUAGCAUCGACAGAUGUUGUAAAGCAGGGUUGGAAUUUGUGGAAUGGUGCUGUUCCUGAGGCAUGCCGAAAGAAGCAUUCACGUGAACCGUGGCGCUGCUACUUUGGACAUCGUCUAUAUCCAACACUAAAAGCUCCCCUAUUUGUGUUUCAAUGGCUUUUCGAUGAGGAGCAGAUGAAGGCUGACGGUGUGUGGGCUCCUAAAUCACCUCAGCAAUGGGACUACAUCCAUGGCAUGGGUAAUGCCCUGAGGGAUUCCCUGGAGAAUGUUACAGCAGUCUUUGCACCGUCGUGCAUUGGGCAUUCAGUACUCAAUAAUCGCGAUUGGCUGCACAUUCGUGUCAAUAAUAUUUCCCUGUCGGAUGCCCUAAAGUGUUGGGAGCAGUCAACGCAGAAAAUCCGCCGGAAACCCAGAACAAAAGAGGAGCGUGAGAGAAGAAGAUUACGAAGGCAGAAGCAGGAGGAGAGACGGCUCAAGAGGCUCCAGAAGAAAUUGCGGGAGAAUGAAGAACGAAAAGCAAAGGGACAGGGAAAGAAGGCCAAAAAGAAUAAGAAAAAUCAAGAUCGCAAAAAUCCCAAUCGUCCCACGAAGAUACCAAAGCGCCAUUCACAGCACAAUCUCAAUGCCCUACUCUUGCCCAAAAGCCCAACGGAAGGUGAUGAUUUCACGGGAUACGUGCAGGAUGAGGCAAAUGCGACGCAGUCAAAGCGACAACGGAAACGACGCAAAAAUCAGAAGCGUCGCCAUCAGCAGAAUAAUCAUCAGGAAGCCCAGAAAAGUAGUCCAGAUACGGAAAAGUGCACAGCAUUGCGUCUCCUGGAGCGCUGUAGUUGGCCCCAGUGCAACCACUCAUGCCCAACAUUCACAAAUCCCGUCACAGGGAAGAAGAUGACUGAUCUGGAACUUCUCUCGUCCUUUGGGAUGGAAGUCGAAGCGGCUGCUUCGGCUCUCGGUGUGGACAUGCAAACGCUCAAGAACAUGGAUCUCAUCACCGUUCUCACGUAGUCCACCGAUCCAUGGUAUGCGCAGAAGAAAAAAAUCUCACAUGAGGAGUUUACAGAGGACACACACCGGGGGCUGUUCGAUGAAUCUCACAACUUCGGGGAAUACACUGAAACUCCUUGUUCAGGGUGUUCUAGUCAAUUUGUACUUUUUUUUUACAUACAUACUUCAUUACUAGGAGAUUAGAAAAGAUUUUUUUUGCAUUUGAUGGGAAAGAAAGCACACAGUAUUUAGCGAUGGGAGGGGAUGCAGAGAAAAUUAUUCAAGAAAUAUAAUUUCCUCUAAAACAUUAAAGUUUGCAAAAGGGAUCAAAUUUUAUUUCCUGUAAAUAGUAAAGAUUUGACACGGAAAUUGUUCCUGCAGAGUUUUUCCAAGAUGGCGUAGGGUAACGGUUGAAAUUCAAAACAAGAGAUCCUUGAUAGAUUUUUUUAUGAAGCUAAUCCUGUAUUUUUGAGGUUCUUUUGAUUAGAAAACUUUAAAUGAGCAUAAAAAAAACAUUUUUUUAUUAUAUGAAAGUGUUGAUUUGAAAAGGAUCCUUAAAACAAAAUGGCGUCCAAGAAUUUCUUAAAUAAAAAUCAAUCUAUUGAAGGAAAUCUUUCAACACUCUGUGGCAAAUGUUGAAACUCUGCAGAAAAUAGCGAAAAAAACUCGAAUAAAAUGGCAAAAUGUCUUCAUAAGUUAUAAAAUGUAACAAUUUAAUUUAUUUAUUUUAAUUUUAAGAUUUUUUUAAAAUGUAAUUUAAAUGCGAGAAAAUCUUUGUGAAAAAGGUUUUUCCCAUUCUAACAAAGACUGUCGCCUGUUUUGUUUUUUUUAACGAUGCCUUUUUCAUAAUUGUUUUAUGAGUAUUUUGAGGUUUUUUUAUUACCUAUUUAUAAAUUAAUUUUUUUAAGGGGCAAAGACUCCCGCGCCCACGAUAAGAGAGAUUAAAUCAGAAUAAUGCGCGCGUCUUGCGCAAAAUAAAACGGAAGUAUUUUAAAUUAAAAUUGAAACAAGAGCUUAUUAUCUACCUCAGGAAUAAGAUUAAUUAAUUAUUUUUUUUGUGUAUAAAGUAUGAAGAUUCAUUGUUUCUUUCACCUCACACAGGAAUUGUUAUUGUGCUUAAAUGAACGAUAAGAAUAUUGAGAGAAAAAAAGGAAAUAAAAUAAAAUAGUACCUGUCUUUAGUCAUUUAAUUCCAUUUUUUUGCGUAAUAAAAACACUGCAAAUUAAUUUAAAAGAAAAAAUACUCGCCGUCGUCUGAGACACGGGUAUUGCGAGAAAAUCCAUUUUGUUCUUUAUUUAAUUUAAAAAAAAAUCAUUUACUCAAUACCUCAAAAUUAAGACGAAACUCUCACGCAGAAAACCCCACACAACACGUAAAAUAAAUUAUUAAUUUAAUUCUAUACUCUCUAAGUUUAUUUAAGCAAAAAUGAAUAAAAAAUAAAAUCUUGUAUUGAUGUACAUAGCUGGAAGUUAAGAUGAAAUUCUUUAUUUGUAAACAUAAAAAAUGGGAAAAAGAAGUAUUUUUCCCUCCUAAAUAAAAUGAUUGCCUAAAGAAAAAA